GGCCCCGGGCGGCCCCUCGGCCACAGCUGCUCGCGGCGGUGGGCGCCGCCCUGGCGCUGGGGGCCCGGGCCGACGAGCUUCGGCACGGGCAGGGGCAGGCGCUGCUGGAGGAGAGCGGGCACCACCACGGCGGCAGGAGGUCGCAUCACGGACACGUCCACGGCUCCCGCUCCAUCGCCCACGGGUUCAGGCACCGCCUGCGCGUCUGCAACGCCUACCCGUAUGCCUCCGCCAUGGACGUGUACGUUCGCGGGAGCGAGAAGCUCACAGCCGACCAGCCGAUGCCGUACCCGAGCUGCACGGACUUCACCUCUGGUCUGCAGGCGGGAGACAAGAUUGACUUCAAGGUCGGCGAGGCCAGCGCGGGGACGUUCUCCGUCUCGGACCUCCCGAACAACGACGCCAUCCUGCUGCUCGUGCUCUACCGCCACGACACCCUCACCACCGCGGUGAAAUUCCAGUCGCACGUGUUCGCCAACCUCCUGAACGCACAAGUCGCCAUCAUCGAUGCGUACAAGGGCACCCUGCACGCCAUGCCCAGGAUCAUGGACAUGCGGACGACGGCCCCGGGCGGCCCCGACGGUCACGCCAGCGAGGAGCUCCGCUUCGACAGCGUGGUGGCGGUGAACCCUGGCGUCUACGAGGUGGAGCUGCACGGCCAGGGCGGGGACACGCGCGCGCCCCUCCGCGCCCCGCUGGUGGCGCUCAACCGCGAGAGCUACGUCGUGCUGCGCACGGGCGUCGAGGCGCAGCAGGGCCCGUCCUUUCCGGAGGAGCUCUUCGUCUAUCCCAGGUCGGACCCGUCGCGCCUGCCCCACAGCGCCGCCGGAGCCCCGAGGGCCUCGGCCUGGUGCCUGCUCCUGGGCGCGGCCGCCGCGGCGGCCGCCGCGGGCGCGGGCCGGUAGGGCUGCGCGGGGGGGGCCGUCCGUGGUCGGGGACGGGGGUCGGGCGAUGAGUAA